UCCUAAAUGUUGGUCAAUUUGUUCAAAGUGGAAGAGGGAAAAACAAGCGAUCAUGGAAUAAAUCUGAGGAAGAAUGUUUGAUUAAUGGUUUGUUGGAGAUGAGUGUGGAUCCUUCAUGGAAAGCUGAUGGGAGUUUCAAAGGUGGUUUCAAGAAAAUCUUAGAGGAGAAAUUGAAUGAGAAGUUUCCGGGGUGUGGGUUGAAAGCUAUUCCCCAUAUUGAAUCAAAAAUCAAAUGGUUUAAGGAUAAGUAUAAUGUGCUAACUGAAAUGUUUCGCACUUCUGGUUUUUCUUGGGAUAAUGAAAAGAAUAUGAUUGUUUGUGAAAGGCAAUCUUAUGAAGAAUUUUGUAAGCAACACAGAAAUGCUCAAGGAUUAUGGAAUGUUCCUUUUCCAUUUUAUGAUCAACUGUCAGUUAUCUUUGGUGCCGAUCGAGCUACUGGAGUGCAAUCUGAGACUUUUGUCGAAGCUGUUGACAAUCAAGAGAAAGAGACCAUUGAACUAGAUAAGGGUGGUAGUGAUGAAGAUGAUGAAUUUGAUGAUAAUGAGUCCGUCAACCAAUCAAAACAAUCAACUCCAAGUGAACCUUCUUCAAAGAAAGCCAAAAAAGAAAAGGCUCCAAAUGAACAAGGAAGGAAAAGGAAGAAGCCGGAGGUUGUGGACUUAACUUCUUCUUUUAACAAUAUGUCUUCUAACUUUUCAAAUCAUAUGAAUGAGAUGAACAAGCACAUGUCUACCAUUGCAAGUGCCUUCUCUACUACACAACUACAUGAGCAAGCUAUCAUGGCUCGUGAAGAAGUUGAGGAAAAUCAAAAAAAAAAACUUAAUGAGUGAAUUGCUUCGCAUAGAAGGAUUGACAAGAUUUGAAGUAAUGGAAGCUUCCAAGAGGUUGGCCUCCAAUCCAAGUGAACUCUCACUCUUUUACCAAUGCCCGGAUGAUGAGUGGAAGAAAGAGUUUAUAAUCAAUCUCAUUCAUCCUAACUUGGGCAAGUGAUGUAAUGAAAAUGCUUAACUUAUAAAUUAUCUAGACUUUGUGUUUGGUUGUCAAAAACAUAUAUUGGAAUCUUUUUGUGUG